AUGCCUUCCAUUCACACUGAAGUCGAGAUUAAUUGUUCUCCGGAGCAAGUCAGAAAAACCUUUCUUGACUUCUCAUCCUAUCCAUCCUGGCCCACAACGUUCAUCAAAUCAAUCGCACCAGUUGAUCCAAACAAGCCAAUUGAGGCAGGGUCCAGGCUUACCAUUGAGCUAGAGGGAAUGUCCAUAAAGCCAAUCGUAGUGACCAACUCGGCUGAUGAAUUCAAGUGGGUAGGCAAACUCUGGAACAUGCCUGGACUCUUCACCGGCUAUCACUACUUUAAAUUUAUGCCCAGCGUGAAGACGGCGGGUGCCACGACAUUUGUGCAGGGCGAGGAUUUCUCUGGAAUCCUGUCAUUUCUCAUGGCAGAGGGGUCCAGGUUUGGGUCAUCAACCAAGAAGGGGUUCGAAGGGUUUAAUCAAGAUCUGAAGAAGAGGUGUGAGAGCCGGAACUAG